AUGCUCAAACAUACCAUUGCUAGAUGCAAAGGGAGCUCGACUCAAAUCUUAGCCACCCCUCGACCCCUGCGAUUGCCUAGGCAGCUGAAACGGUAUAGCACAACGGCUGCCCCUCCUAACCUACGGCAACGUAAUCAGCACCGAUCCUAUCUGUUUGUCUCAAUCAGCACUAUCGUGGUAGCGACAUAUCUAUGCUCAAGGUCAAUUAUCCGGCUUGACAGCGAGGUGGAUGUAAACGAAGAGCAACGGAAGGACCCCGACGGGCCAGUAUCAGGAGCGAAGGGAUCGGUCAGAACAGGCGAAGUCUCCACUGUGGACCCACGCGAAGAUUUAAGAGGUCAAGGAUACGAUCUCGAGAGUGAAGGAAAGCAGGGCUACAUAACACUGAAAGAAGUAGCCCGUCACGACCUCGCACAUGACGCGUGGGUCAUAGUCGAAGGCAAGGUCUUUGAUGUGACAGAUUUCCACAAAUAUCACCCAGGCGGCUCACAGAUAAUAGUGGCUAAUGCUGGGAGGGACGUGACGAUGCUGCAGAGGUAUGUAGUAGUCGUGAUGCAUCUCUUGCUGAUGAAUCAGUCAUUGAAAGCGUAUGAUGCCGAGCAAGCGAGAGUGACAAGCGCAAGGCAAGCACUUCCUCCUCCAGAUAACAUGUUGGGUCUGGAUGAGAUACAGGAAGCUGCAGAAUCUUUCCUGAGCCCCAGGGUGAUCAACUAUUAUGGCGCAUCAAGCUUGGAUGGUUACUCUACAAUUGAGAAUCGGACGGCCUUCCGAAAAUGCCGCUUGAUUCCUCGUGUAAUGCGGGAUGUAACCAGCGUACGGCCUCAGACGAAGAUUUUCGGUAUACCGUCUGCUUUGCCGAUUUACGUAUCUCCAGCAUCGAAUGCUCUUUUAGGCCAUCCGGAAGGUGAGCUGAAUAUAGUCAGAGGUGCAUCCAAAACGGGAAUCAUUCAAGGUAUAUCAGCGGCAGCGUCUUUCCCCCUUUCUGAGAUUCUCGAUGAGAAAGCCAAGAUGGACAAGGAGAGUGGCACAGAAAUGGGCAUGGUAUACCAGGUGUAUCUGUCUAGAGAUCGACAGAAGAAUGUCGAACAGAUCACGGAAGCGGUGAAUGGUGGCGUACAGGCGUUGAUUCUGACGGUCGACUCCAAUGUGGGCGAUCAUAGACAAAGCACUGAGAAGCUGAAAGGAGCAAAAGGAGAUAUCGAACCUGGAAUCAGAAUGGGGCCCAUAGAGACUACCGAUAUGUGGCAUGAUUCGAGUCAGAACUGGGGAGAUCUCAAAUUCAUCAAAGACCUAGCGCCUGGAAUACCGAUCUAUCUGAAGGGCGUAUGUGAUAUACGUGAUGUACGAUUGGCGAAGGAAUAUGGCCUGGCUGGAUGUAUUUUGUCAAAUCACGGCGGGAGACAACUUGACACCGCAAGAACAGGUUUCGAUAGUUUAAGAGCUAUACACGCGGAAGAUCCACAGCUGGUAAAAGAUACAGAAAUCUACAUUGAUGGAGGUGUCAGGCGAGGUAGUGAGGUCCUUCAAGCACUCGCAUUUGGAGCUAGGGGAGUAGGAUUAGGCCGGCCAUUCCUGUGGGCACAGGCGGCAUAUGGUGAAAAGGGGGUCAUUCGAGCAGUAAGAAUCAUGGAAAAGGAGAUCGCUACAGCAAUGCAAUUGAUGGGUAUAACUGAACUUAGCCAGAUGAGACCGGAUAUGGUGGAAUGUUUGCAGGAGACCUGGAAGUAG